GAUUCUCAACAUGGUAUCAGAGCCAAACCCUAAAGCUUCCGCAACCUAAAUCAAUCAAUUUCUUCUCAACUUCUGCCUUGCGAAAUUCUGCUAUGGAAUUCUCGCAUUGAUUGUCUUCCGGCUUCUUGCAUUUUCUUGAAUAAAUUCUUGAAAAUAAGUUCUAGUGAUUCUCCUCUUGUCAAUCCCUCUCUUGUGCAUCCUUCAUCUAAUUCUUUUAAUCAGCCUCCUAUCAAUCCUUCAGAUGACUCAUCGAGUCCGUAUUACCUACAUCCAAGCGACAAUCUUGGUGCUUUGUUAGUAUUAGAAAUCUUCAAUGGAGAAAACUAUGUUGUAUGGAGUCGUUCGAUAGUCAUUGCAUUGACAGUAAAACACAAGGAUCAGUCAAUGGAGAAGAUGAUUGGGAUUGCUCUUGAAAAAGGACUUUACCAUCUGAUUCCAGCUUAUGAAUCAACAUUUAUCACUCUUGCAUGGGCCCUCUCUCUUCUACUGAACAAUCGCCAUGCGCUAAAAAAAGCACAAGCAGAGCUGGAAAUCCAUGUGGGAAAGCAUCGCCAAGUGGAUGGAUCAGAUAUAAAGAACCUAGUCUACUUGCAAGCCAUCGUCAAGGAAACAUUACGGCUGUACCCUCCUGGGCCACUUUCCCUGCCACGUGAGGCCAUGGAAGAUUGCACUGUGGCUGGCUUUCACAUCCAAGCUGGGACGCGCCUUUUGGUUAAUCUCUGGAAGUUGCAUCGUGACCCCAGAGUCUGGUUGGACCCUUUGGAGUUCCAACCAGAGAGGUUCCGGACAAAGCAUGCAGGUUUGGAUGUUAGGGGUAAAAAUUAUGAACUUCUACCCUUUGGUUCAGGUAGAAGGGUAUGCCCAGGAAUCUCAUUUGCACUGGAGUUGACGCAUCUGACGCUAGCCAGACUGCUUCAUGGUUUUGAAUUGGGAGCGGUUGCAGAUUCACGGGUGGAUAUGACUGAAAGUCCUGGGUUGACUGCCCUCAAAGCAACCCCACUGGAAGUCACAAUUGUUCCAAGGCUACCUUUCGAGCUCUAUAGUUAUGAAGCAGCAUAGAAAGUAAAUAAUACUCUUAUGUGAGCCGGAGAGUCCCCUAAUUAGCCCAGUGCUUUAGUUUAGGGUAUAUUUAUGUUGGUGUGACUGACUAUGAAUUG